AAAAGCUUUCGUUUUUAUGCGUCUCUUUUACUGUAUGUAAUGUGAAGAAGAACCAUGUCGCUUCUCGUCACCUACUCUUGAUAAUUCCAUCUCUUCUUCCUCUUAAAAGCCUCACCAUUGCUUCUUCGUCUUCCUUGAAUUUCAUGUGACCCUUGUUUACUUCCCUCCAGCUUCACAACAGGGUCCGUCUCUCCCCAUUUCUGAUUCAAUUCGAGGGCCCAUUCGUUGUUUUUGAGAAAACCCAGAAAGUUUUAUUGCACUGGAAGGAAGAAUAUGACAAUGGGGUUGAGCCGGGCAUGCGCUAAUGGCUUCACCUCGCAGAGGACUUUUGGGGCUUAAGAGAUCUAGUAACUGCGCUGCUUCAGAAAGUUUGUGAGUGUAUUGCAGACAUUUGGCAUCAGCAAAAUGGCAUCUGGUUUGAAUUCGGGGUUAUCCAAGAAAACUUCUGUUUUUGGUCUACAAGCGUGGGAAUUGAUGGCAAUGGCUGUUGGGUUGUUCAUUAUAAUCAUUCUUGUGGUUCUAUCAAUAUGUCUUACAAAGCGAAAGAAAUCCAGAAAAAUCAACAGCAGCAUGCUCCCCUUUAGCCAUAUGUCAUCAGUUUCAGAAGAGAUCAAAGAGAUUAGAGUUGAUCAAGUUUCGGCAAAUAAUCAUCUGCAGGAUGGUUCCUUCACGAGUUUGAAUGACAGGUUUAGUGACCAGGAGUCUGCAAAGGCUUUAAUCCAAGUGAAGAAUGGGGAUAAUCUCAAUAAUAGUCAGUCAGGCUCAUUUAAUCAUUUAGAGAAAGAUGGUGUUGGCUCUCAAUCAGGCGACGACAGUGGCUCUAAGACCAAUUCUUCAUACAGCCCCUUGUCUGGUUUGCCUGAAUUCUCUCAACUAGGCUGGGGUCACUGGUUCACAUUAAGGGACCUAGAACUCGCAACAAACAGGUUUUCAAGGGACAAUGUAAUUGGGGAAGGUGGUUAUGGAGUUGUUUAUCGAGGUCAACUAGUCAACGGGAAUCCUGUGGCUGUUAAGAAGAUUUUCAAUAAUGUAGGACAGGCGGAAAAGGAAUUCAGGGUGGAAGUUGAGGCUAUUGGUCAUGUGCGGCAUAAGAACUUGGUCCGACUUCUUGGAUACUGCGUUGAAGGCACUCACAGGUUGCUGGUUUAUGAGUAUGUUAACAACGGCAAUUUAGAACAAUGGCUACAUGGAGCAAUGCAGAAACAGGGGUAUCUUACUUGGGAUGCUCGGAUGAAAAUUCUCCUUGGGACGGCUAAAGGGUUGGCUUACUUGCAUGAGGCUAUUGAACCAAAGGUGGUACAUCGUGAUAUUAAGUCAAGCAAUAUUUUGGUUGAUGAUGACUUUAAUGCCAAAAUAUCUGACUUUGGGCUGGCUAAGUUGCUGGGUUCUGGGAAAAGUCAUAUCACAACUCGAGUAAUGGGUACUUUUGGAUAUGUGGCUCCAGAAUAUGCUAAUUCUGGCUUACUAAAUGAGAAGAGUGACGUUUAUAGCUUUGGUGUGUUACUCCUUGAAGCCAUUACCGGAAGAGAUCCUGUGGAUUACAGCAGACCAGCAGAUGAGGUAAAUUUGGUUGACUGGCUCAAGAUGAUGGUAGGGAAUAGGCGUUCAGAAGAGGUGGUGGACCCAAAACUUGAGACUCGCCCAUCGACAAGUGCCCUUAAACGGGCUCUUUUGACUUCACUGAGGUGUGUUGAUCCAGAUGCCGGAAAAAGGCCAAAGAUGAGUCAAGUUGUCCGCAUGCUUGAAUCAGAAGAAUACCCUAUACCUCGAGAGGAUAGAAGGCGGCGAAAGAGUCAGGCAGGAAUCGUGGAGAGUUCUGAUACAGAAAAGAGUGACAAUCCAGAUAACAGGUCAAAUGAGAGAAGGAACCAGAGGAAAUAGAUGAUGCAGCAUGAGGGAAUUGACGAUACAAGUGACAGGAAAAAUUUUGCUUUCUUCUGAGUUUUCUUUAAAGUUGUUGUGAGUCCUGGAGCAAGGACGGUGGCAUGCUUUAUAUACAUAUAUACAUAUAUAUAGAUAUAUAGAUAAAUAUAUGGACACCUGUUUGUUGGUACGGCAUAGCUUUGGUAGAAGUUAGAAUGUUGGCUUGGGCAUUGUGUUUGAAUAUGGCACUCAGCGGCUCCCUUGCACUAGCGGUGUGUACAGUUCAUUGCUAUAUUUUCUUUUCCUUA